UGUUAGGGACCUGCAGUGAGUCACUCUGUAAUCACUGUGUGACUAUGAACACUGUGAGCUUCAUGCUAGUUGGGCAGGACUCUGUGUUUACUUAAUACUAUCCUUAAGCAUGUAAUGAACACUUGUUACAAGUAUGACAAGUCAGGUAAGGACAGCGUGGCUCCUUUCUCUAAAGUAAUGGAUCCAGGAAGAGGCCCGCAGCCUGCCGUGCUCACAUCAAAUGGACACUCCUUAGAAGAUCUGAGUUUGAAACUCGCCCCAGACCAGUGGGAUUUGCUGAUUCUUGCUCCCUUUGUGGGAAUUUAUAUCCACUUCACUCAGAGUGUAAGCACUGUGAUUAUCCAGGGGCUUCCUGCCUAACUGGGGAGAGAAGACAAUCGCAGAGACAGGAGCAUGUUGAGGGGGGUGGCAUAGGACCAGGCAUGAGGACAGCAGCUCUUACGAGGAACUCAGCGGACGACAGCAGAUGGAGCCCAGAUACAGUCAAAAGAAGCGAAGGAUGAGGAGCAGAAGUCUACACUCUGGGACACACUGAUCCCUGCUGUGACCAAUAUAAAAGAAGAAGCCUAUCCACACUUCCGUGUAAUUUGUAAAAUUCUAAAUCAUAGCAAAUUAAAUUAUGUUCUGGGCUGCAAAGUGGAGGAAGGAAAAGGCAGGGAGCAAAGAAAGUAAUGAAACCAAUUAUUUCUGAAGACAAACCAAAGGCUUCCCCAGUCGCUCGCCUGCCUAGGCCCUGCCAGGGUUUCCUGUGAGCCGGCAGGCCUUCUCUCACAAGCUCUUUCAAGGUAGCACCUCCUCUUCCCAGGGAGCUUUCAGGAGACGGAAAAGAACACCUGGGUUCCAUCACUGGAAAAUUGUUACUCUAAUGAAAACCUUGUUUUAAACAUCAAGUGUACCACCUGUGUGUGUUUUCACACUGACAGAUCACGAGAAGUGGAAGGAUACUUUCUGAAAAGGAAUACAAAAUUAACAACAUGAAGCAGGAUCACCAAAAAUACAUCCGAGAGUGCUUAGCCCGGGCCAUUUUCCACAAAGUUCUUGAUAUGGAGCGCUACCACCAGCUGGAAAUAAAACGGAAACUGGAUACCUUAGCUAGGAAAGAGCGGAUUCAGAGGUUGAAGGUAGAACACACAAGACGAUUUAUUGAAGAUAACAUGCCUAUUCUGACACCCCAUCCCCCAGCUGGCCCCAAGACUAAUCGUGGCCAUAGCGUUCUGGCUGAGGAAGGACGUUCUAGUCCAUUAACAGUGACAGUCCCUCGACCAUAUACUGCCCCAGGAAAUAUGCAGCCUCCAGUUCGUCUGCAGCCUCUUCUGAGUAAUCGACAAACGAGAAAUAGUUCAAAAGCUUCAGGGUCCAAGCCCAAAGCCUCAUUGCUGGAGAGUGGAGCUCCAUUUCCUCUUGGGGGCAAGAAGGCAAUGAUGAAAUUCAGGAACUUCAUGGACAAUUCCCAGAAGGAGGACUUCUACCAACUUCCACACAUUAACAGUUACCAGACACCUGUUCCCCCAACACCCCAGCCCCAAGCAGGAAAGAGCCUCAGGGAUAACAGGUUGGAAUCCUGGAGGAGGAAGAGGCUGCGUCCCAUCACGGCUCCCCAUGGCCUUGAGCCUCUCUUUGGCAAGGAUCCGGGAAGGAUUUAUAAAACAGCACCGCAUAGCAAUGCAGUUAUCACAAUGGUCUAUUUUGGGAAAAAUGUGCACCUAUCUUAUGAUGACAUAGACUUCCGAGAUGAAAUCAAGAUUUACCAACAGCACUGUGGAGGAGAGAACCUUUGUGUCUACAAAGGGAAACUGCUUGAGAAAGACACCUUUCAGUUUAUCUCCAAGCGUCACCAUGGCUUCCCCUUCAGCCUCACUUUCUUUCUGAAUGGGAUUCAGGUGAACAGGAUCAGCUCCUGCUGUGAGUUCAAGCACCGUAGGAGCUCCCGCCUCGGAGGCAAGAGGGGUUACUUCGGGUUUGUGUGUGUGGAGAAGGCAUCUCCUUGCUACAGGUGCAUAAUUGCAAUGGGCCUUGACAGAAAACCAUCUUCAAUGAAACCUAAGAAGGAAAAGAUUACUGAGAAAAAGGAGGAGCCACUGAAGAGGAGUCAGGGGAAACUGAGGAAGGACAGAGAGAAUGCACCAUCAAAAAGGAAUGAGAUGGAGAGGAAGGAGUCCUCUGUCUCAGCUACGUUUUCAGCUGAGGAAAUAAAAUUGGGGGUCAAAGAAGUGAGGACAGCUAUUGAGGAAAUGGAAUGGAAGGGCAAGUCAGGGCAAGACAUCUGGGAAGAGGACCAGGACAUCAUUGUGAAAUACGACUAUGAAGAAGAUUUUGAGGUAGAUGAGGAUAAACAAGAUGAGAAGGUGGAUGAAGAGGAGGACCGGGCUGAUGACCAGAUGAGUGGAGGAUCCAAGACACCUAGCGAAGGUGAAGAAGAUAACCAAAACCCCGAAAAGGAGAGUGAAGCCUCUUCAGAGAAGGCCAUAGAUGCCUAUGACAGUGAGAACGAGGAUACUGUGUGCUCAGACAGUGAAGAGGAUGACAGACAAGAUGUUAAAACCAUGUCAUCAAUCUCAUCUAGAAGUCACCCCUACUCUAGCGAAAGUGAAGAUGAGUCUACGGAGGUGGGUGGGGAAGCUGACUCUAGCAGUGAAAGGGUGAGUUCCAGAAGUUCCUCUUCUCAGGAUCUGCGGAAAAACGAUGGCCCAGGAAAACCACACUUUCAAGCCAAGGAGUACUUGGAAACUGAGAUAGAAGAGCAAGAAAUCACGAAACUAGAUGGGGAUAAAGGACCUUGGUUGACCAAGCUCAGCGGUAUGCAUGUUACUGAGGGAAAACCAACUAAGGGAACCCAAGCUUUAUCAGAGAGUGAACUCAAGGAGUCCAGGUGGGCAGCUUCUUCAGAAGUGAGGGAUAAGAGUCAGCUCCAGAAGGAAGGAGGCCUCCCUGGGGUGGAAGAAGAGGUUGGACAGAUAGCAGGUGAAGUCCAGGAACCUGGCCACUGCUGCUCUAACACUGCUCCUGGACGUAGCCCCACAGAUGAUGGGGUGACACCCAUGAGGAAACCAGAAAUCAACCUGGGCAAAGUGGUAGAGGAAAGAGCAGCCAUUGGCUCACAUGAGCAACCAGAGCAAGCUGCACAAAAGAUGAGCAGAGUGAAGGAAGAAGCCAUGAAGGAAGACGACUCUUCCCAGCCUGAGGAUACUGAUGCCUAUGUGGGAGUGAGGGAGGAAGCAGGGAUGGUAGAAGAUGGUACCUGCUGUCCCCAGGAUGCUGAUGUGGAUGGGGGACUGAAGGAGGAAGCAGGGAUGGAGGAAGAUGGUACUUGCCGUCCCCAGGAUGCCGAUGUGGAUGGGGGACUGAGGGAGGAAGCAGGGAUGGAGGAAGAUGGUACCUGCUGUCCUCAGGAUGCCGACGUGGAUGGGGGACUGAGGGAGGAAGCAGGGAUGGAGGAAGAUGGUACCUGCUGUCCUCAGAAUGCCGACGUGGAUGGGGGACUGAGGGAGGAAGCAGGAAUGGAGGAAGAUGGUACCUGGCAUGUCCAGGUUGCUGACAUGGAUAUGGGAUUGCGUGGGAAAGCAGGGAUUUCAGAGGUUCCGUUAAGGGAGAGGAGCCCUACCGGAGAUCUACUGCCAUCAGCAGAACAGUGUAGAGAGAAAGGGGAGUGCCAUCUGAGCAUAGCUAGUGAGGCAGAGGCAGGCACAGAAGGAAGUAGCAGGCAUGGGGAGGAGCAUUUGAUUCCCACCCAAAAGGUAGUAGCAGAAGGCUCUGUGUUUCUAAGUGUAGAGCAGGCUGCAGAAAGGCAGAGGGAUGAGGACCCGGACAUCCAGGCCUUACUGCAGACAGGAAUGGAGAAAGGAAGAGCAGUUUCUGAAAGGGGGCGAGAAUUGGAGAAGGCAGCGUUCACAGACAGCACAGGGCUCAGCUCAGAGACUCCUGGGGAAGCAGCAGUUCUGGAAGAAGCAGGCACUUCUGAAGUGAAGGAGGCUGAGAGGGAGGUAGGCUCUCCCAAACCAGAUGGUGACCAAGGUGAAGAGAGAGUUCUUAAAAAGCUAGAGGUCAUGGGGCCUGUGGAGGACACGGGGCCAGAGAGAAAGGAUGGUUCUGAAGAGAGAGUACUUGGAGGAGAGAGAGCAGCAACGGAGAGGAAGGAAUUUCUGGAAGCAGAAGCUCCCUUCAGCUCCUCAACAGAAGCUCCAGCAAGCCCCAGGGAGGUUUUCAGGGGCAACCAUGAGGAACUCUGUAAGGAAGGCACAACAAGGGAGGGAGUCAAAGCUGACACAGAAUCCGCCAGGGAACAGGAUCUGCCAGCAGUGUUCCCUGGGGAAAUAGCAGCAGCUGGAGACAAGGAGGGAGUUGAGAGGCCCACGCCACCUCUGAGGGAAAUUGGAUCUGAAGGAGAAGAGGAGACAGGGGCCAAGGUGCUGAAGACAGAAGGCUUAUUAAGAGAGCAAAAGGCUAAAGGGGAAGAGGGCACAGUGAGGGAAGUGGGUUUUGAGGAAGAGAGCCGUACAUCCUGCCAUGAGAUGGAGGCUGAUGCAGCGGACGCAGAAGCCAUGGGGGCAACUGAGUUGGGGGAGGUUACGAAGCUUCUAGAAGAUCCCCCCAAAGAAAGAACCAUUGCCUUGUUUGAAGCAACACCUCAGUUUGAGAAAUCAUCAAAAGAGAGUGACGCCACAACCACAGAACACAAAGGAGGAGAAGAGCUGCCAGGCCAGGACAGCAAGACUCUGUGGUAUCCAGGGAGGGGCCUCAGCCGUGACGGAGAAGGGCUCUUAGGAGCUCCUGGACCUGAGCCAGCAGACAAAGCGCAGGGACCAGCCAGAGGGGAAGAGUGGUUUGCCAAGGAGCUGGACAGCCGUGUGGGGCCAGAGAGGCUGGAGGAAGAUGGGCCUUUGCAAGUACAAGGAGGGGCCAUCAUGAGAAUGACCCAGGGAAAUCUUCCUGAGGAAAGGCUCACCAGGGCAGUGGUGGUCUGUAGAGAAGCCGAGGGUGAGAAGCUUCAGGGGGAAUGGAGCAAGGAUAAAGAGUGCUCUCCAGGGACAGUGACUGAAAGUCUGACAGGGCAGAACUGGACCAUGGGAGACAGGACAGUUGAGGCUGAGGAGAAUCCGCAGGGAGGAGGAGUCAGGGAAACAAUUGCAGAGCAGAGGGAGGAGUCCACAAAAUCAAAGUCAGCGGAUGGGAUCCCUGUGUUCUCCUCCUCUGCAGAUGUUCAAAAGGAAACCUGGGACAGGGCAGGUGAGGCUCCAGGAGGAACAGCAGCUGAAGAAAGGACAGUGACCGAGGACAUGACGCCAAGAACGGAGAAGGUAGCAGUGGUGGAGGAAGUGACAUCAGCAGGGGCUAUAGUGGAGAUGGGACAGGAACAGGCUCCUGAAGUGCAGGACUCAAAGGCAGGGGAGGACAGAGAGUCAGGAGGAGAGAAGGCUUCUGAGCGCGCAGGUACAGGUACUGCUGCGGAAGAGACAGGAGCUGCAAGGAAGGAGGAGGAACAUCAAUUAGCUGAAGAGUUCAGAGGGUCAGUGUCUCAGACAGAGACCGCUUGGCAGAGUGUGUCUAGAGGCAGCACCUCCAAGGAAACUCGAUUUUUCUAGAACUCAGGAGAAGCAUCUGAAGAGACUGCAAGGAGAACUUGAGAAGGCCGGUGUUCCCUUGAGUACAGCUGAGUAGGAGGUCCCGUGACGGCUGGUGAGAUCCAGUCUGGUGUGUUUCCAGGACAUCUAGAAGCUUGCAUGGGUCUGUGACGCAGGCUUCACUGAUGUCUCCUAUGUUCUUAUGUGCUCUUCAUUUCCGUGCUGCUUAGCCCCAAGCUGGCCUGAGGAGUCUGGUGGACUUGGGGAGGCACUAAAGGAUGCAGAGGAGGCUGACCAGCUCUCUGUGUGGCCCUUUACUCAUAUCCCAUCUUUGUAAGUGGGGUUUUCUGAAGUGAGGUCUGUAUGUCUGUCUCACAAGGCUCAAGGACAAAAUACAGAAUAUAGAGAGAAGUUGGACAUUGAGGAGCUCGGGGCAGAGAAAGAAUAUGACCAAAAUAUAUUGUAUAAGAAUUUUAAAAGCAUACAGACAAGAAUGUGCCCUCAGCUACAGAGCCCGGAAAUAAAGGGUUAAAAGUCACUUUAGAACUCUCCACGUUAGCUUUCUUUCAUACACAUAAACUCUGCACCCUCCACUCCUCCCAGAUCACCACAAGCACGUUGGUUCUUGAAGGAUGGGAUGAAGCAUGUCUGUGGCCAUUUCAUCUUGUAAUGCCUCUAUGCUUCUAUCUCUGAUGUCCUACACAGUUUAAUAAAUGUCUGUUUCCAUGCACAGAUUACAAAUGCUAUCCAUAUUUAAUAUACAGUGUUUAAAAUACCUAACUUUUGAAUGGUGUUAGUAAACACCAAAGUAUAUUUAUUUUACAGAGUCAGUUGUUUCCAAGAUAUCACCACAUCGAUAGCACAUACUUACUCUUAUUUUGAGUGAUUUGAUCAUCAGUGCUAUCUUUCCCUCCCCAGAAUAUUGUGAAACUGUCAUGGUUAAAGUCAGAGACUGGGAACAGACUGAGGCAGGUUCUUCGCCGGGAGUUCAGUUUCUUUUAACUCACUGCCGGCCUGAGCUGGUCUCAAUUGUAGAUACUCGUCAGUAGGUUAGUAACCAUGGUCAAAUAGCUCAAGUGGAUGUCCCUUCAAGGGAGCUAUGGUCCCAAACAGAGAACUGGGGGGUGGUGGUACUGAGCAUUCCACACAGUUAGUGUGGCUAUAUUUAAAGUAAAGUGAUGAUUUAUUCAAACAUUUGACUUUUACCAAAGAUUACCAGAAUGUGAGCCCUGAUGGCUUGGUUUUGUUUAAAUCACUUUUUAUUUGUCAGUUACAUAUGACCCCCAAUUUCAUACAUGGGGAUUGUAUGUUUAGCCACCUUGGAAACUCUCUGUCUCUUGGAAAGGUUGCCUCCUCUUAUUUACACCUGGGGGUGGGGUGGGGAAGGUAAUGUGGAAACCUUCCUGAAAAGGCUCUUUGUGUGUGUUUGAGUCCUGUUUUCUCUGGUGGAGUAGAAACGUGUGGCUCUCAGCAUUUUGUCCUUGGGAGUAUUAUCUACCAGGCUGCUCAAAUAUAAAUGAGAUAUGUAUAUAGUCUAGGUAAGUGAGAGAGAAGUGUGAUGACCAUAGCAUAGGGGGAAGACAUGGUCCAUCACACACUCUAAGAAGACAUGGUCUAUCACACGCACUCUGGGAAAACGUAGUCUAUCUUACAUUCUCUGUACCUGAUGUCAUCCUGAAGAUCAGCAGCCUACACUCCCUCCAGGGUUGUUAUUUCAAACCUGAGUGACCCCACAGUAAGCCAGCAGUCACAAUCACUCUCCAGAUGGCCCCCAGAUAACAUUCCCUUGUUGAGUAUCAGCUUGUCCUAAAGGGCUGGGUUUCCUUGAACACAGUCCAAGCUCCAAAGCUCACACUGUUGACCCCUUUUUAAAAGUAAGGAGAUGAAAAAUUUCCAAGACAGCAAUUUCCCAGCCAGGAGGAGAAGCAACCUUUUACGGGGCACUUUUAUGAGUGAACUCUUGCCCCAUAAAAGCUUCAGAUAUAUCUAGUUUUAAAUGCAUCAAUAUUUUAAUUCUUUCUUGAUUCUAUUAUGUAGCCAAAGUUGAGGAGUCAUGUGGUCUGCCGUCUGCCUUGUGUUCCUAUCGUCAAGGUGUCCUGUUGUUAUAGAUGGUUUUAAUUUUGAUGAACAAUGGAGCUUUGUGAUAAUUACUGAUAGGCAGAGCUGUACCCAGAGCAGACAUAUUGGCACAGAGAGCGGACAGAUCAUCUCAUCAGGAAUGCCAGCACAUUGAGCUUAGCACCUGCUUCUUCUCAUAAUUAGAAACUGCAUAGAGUUUGGGGAGAAUGGGGUAGAAACUGCUGUUAUAGGAAACCCUGGAGGUGAUUCUAAAGUGUUCCACAGCCUGAACACUGCAGGUCAUUGUCACAAUUGAGAUCUCAUCUUGGUUACAAAGCAAAUCACCGAAGCGCUGUCAAGCUCAUCUCUGUCUCCAGGCCUUUCCUGAUCCAAGUGUCUUCCUGGGUGAUCGUCUGAAGGAGAUGGUGGUCACCGUAAGAUUGAUGAACCCACCCUCCAGCUCAUUUCAGUAUGGUUGUGUGCAGUGCUUUUGGAAGACGUGCCCCUCCCCACUGAAGAUCCAUUUGAUGGACUCCAACCUGAGCCUCCCCGCCCCGUGCUCUGGUCUGCGGGCUGGAUCUCAUCUGCCGUACAUCUGGUUCCGUGUGUUACUCAUCUGCAUGACUGUGCCCUACACAGGAUUUGCCCCUGGUGUUGCCCGCUACCACAGAGCACUUUAAAACACAGUACUGAUAAGAAAGAUUGCAAACUCCUUAAUCACUUUGAAAAACGAGUUUUGUGUGAUGUGUUAAAUGGAAAUUGCAUUGGAUUAUUUUUAUAUUUAACACCUUCCAUCAACCCAGCCUGUAGUGUAAUUCUACAGUCUGCAUGUGGGUUUAACUGUGAAAUUCAGUGUUGUGAUGUUUUGAUUGAGUAAAUUUUAUCUCUGCAAAUACUACACCAAUAAAAUUAUGUUUAGCAAAA